CAAAAAUAAAAAAUUAUAAAUCCAGGAGCUAAACUUUCGAGUUUCGACUCUCAUCCAAGCUCACCCGUCUAGAAAGGGGUCUGUCCACCACCCUGCCAGCGACUACAAAACCAAUUCGAAUAUUCCGUCAACCACGACAGAAUAUUUCAUGAACUCCGCCGAACCCCAGGACGACACCGAGUUGUCGCCUAAACCAAGUGACGAGGAGGCCAAUCGCCUCUUACCAUCCUCAGCCUCCACGGACGACGAGGAAGCGGCAUUCGAUUCACGAGAAAAAAUCCUGAUCGAUGAUGUGGACUCCUUAGACGUUGGCCAAGUGCCCCCUUUCUCGUGGAAAAAACUUUGGCUGUUCACGGGGCCUGGUUUUUUAAUGAGCAUAGCGUUUCUGGAUCCAGGGAAUUUAGAAGGAGAUCUCCAAUCGGGGGCAAUAGCAGGGUACUCGCUUCUUUGGCUGUUAAUGUGGGCUACGAUCAUGGGUUUGUUGAUUCAAUUACUGUCGGCUCGACUUGGGGUGGCAACAGGCCGGCACUUGGCGGAGCUGUGUAGAGAUGAGUACCCAAAUUGGGCCCGAUACGUGUUGUGGUUCAUGGCUGAAGUGGCGUUAAUUGGAGCGGAUAUUCAGGAGGUUAUUGGGAGUGCUAUUGCAAUUCAGAUUUUGAGUAAUGGGGUGUUGCCGCUUUGGGCGGGUGUUUUAAUUACGGCCUCCGAUUGUUUCGUUUUUUUAUUUCUAGAGCACUAUGGAGUUAGAAAAUUAGAAGCUGUUUUUGCGGUUCUAAUUGCGACCAUGGCUCUAUCAUUUGCCUGGAUGUUUGGGGACACACAACCUAAUGGAAAGGAACUUUUAUUGGGUAUUUUGGUUCCUAGACUGAGCUCAAAAACCAUUAGGCAAGCUGUGGGUGUUGUGGGAUGUGUCAUUAUGCCUCAUAAUGUAUUUUUGCAUUCUGCUUUAGUACAAUCAAGGAAUGUUGAUCCCAACAAGAAAGGCCGUGUUCAAGAAGCACUAAACUAUUACUCAAUUGAGUCAUCCAUUGCUCUUUUAGUUUCCUUUAUGAUCAACUUAUUUGUAACCACUGUUUUUGCCAAAGCAUUUUAUGGUACUACACAAGCUGAUAGUAUAGGAUUAGUUAAUGCGGGGCAAUAUCUUCAGGAGAAGUAUGGAGGAGGACAUCUACCAAUUCUUUACAUCUGGGGUAUUGGGUUAUUGGCGGCUGGACAAAGUAGUACAAUAACUGGAACUUAUGCUGGUCAGUUUAUCAUGGGAGGGUUUCUCAACCUUCGUUUAAAGAAAUGGCUUAGGGCACUAAUUACAAGGAGCUGUGCAAUUGUGCCGACUAUAAUUGUAGCUCUCAUAUUUAACACUUCUGAGUCUUCAUUGGAUAUUCUAAAUGAAUGGUUAAAUGUGCUUCAGUCAAUACAAAUUCCUUUUGCACUUAUCCCGCUUCUUACCUUGGUGGCGAAGGAGCAGAUCAUGGGAGUCUUCAAGAUUGGGCCUUUUUUGGAGAGAAUUGCGUGGACUGUGGCUGCUCUUGUGAUAGUCAUUAAUGGUUAUUUGUUGCUAGAUUUCUUCUUUUCUGAAGUCAAGGGACUGUUGUUUGGAUUUCUGGUCUGUGCUGCCACUGCUGCUUAUGUAGCAUUCAUUAUUUAUCUAGUCACUCGUAGCAGUGAUCUUUCUUCAACUUGGCUUAGUUUAGAAAUGUCAAAGAGAUUCACAUAUCCCGGAAAUUGAGUCUACCAGAGGAAUGAUGAAAUUGCAGAAACAUGCUGCUGUUGAUUGAAGCCCGCCAUAUAUGGCAUGAAGAUUGUGUGCCAACUGUUUCAAAAGCUAAGUAAUUCAUUUAGCUUGAUUAUCGCUAACCUACAGUAUACCUAAAAUGAGUAUACAGAUUCAAAGAAUCCAAAGCAGUCAGGUGUAACUGUACCAUUUUGCACAGUGCCGCACCGGAGCUACACGAAGUCAUGUUCGUCCAUUACUUGUGUGAGGAUAUUCUUUUGUCCUUUUUGGCGGAUGAACAAAGCUUCCUUACAACCUUCAAAAUAAAUUACUUCCAUAGUUGAUAAAUUUAGUGUGCUAAAGUCAAUUUUGAAUUUUUGUGUUGAGUUAUUCUUUGAUGUAAUAGCUUUGUACGUAACACAGAUAAACUGGCGUUUCCAGUUACCAGGUACUAUUCAAUACAAGAAAAGAAUUUUGACAA